AUGUUGCCUGAAGUUGUAUUCGUUCUUGGCGCGCCCGGUGCUGGAAAAGGAACUCAGUGUUCCCUUAUUUCCAAGGAAUAUGACUUCGUGCAUCUUUCGGCUGGAGAUCUUUUGCGAGAAGAGAGACAACGUCCCGGCUCCGAAUACGGAGAAAUGAUAGAAGAGAAGAUACGUAAUGGAGAAAUUGUCCCUGUUGAGGUUACAUGUUCACUUAUUCAUAAAGCUAUGCAAAAGUCCGGUAAACUCCGUUUUCUUAUCGAUGGCUUUCCACGUAACAAGGAUAACUUGGACGGAUGGAAUCGGGUUAUGUCAGACAAAGCGAAACUGUUAUUUGUAAUAUUCUUUGAAUGCUCUCCUGAUUUAUGCACAGAAAGAUGUUUAGGAAGGGGUGCUGCAGGCAGCGGACGUUCAGAUGACAAUUUGGAAAGUUUGAAAAAAAGAUUUAACACAUACCUUAAUGACACCAUGCCAAUUAUCGAACAUUAUGAACAGUUGGGUCUUGUGAAAAGAAUAAACUCUGAAGCAGUACCAGAAGAAGUGUUCAAAAAUGUAAAGAAAGUAUUUAAUGGAGCAGGACUAAACGGGCUAGUAAAAUAA